CCGCCGCCUCCCCUUUUUCUCCGUCUUCCUCACCCACCCCCUUUCUCUCCGUCUCCCUCGUCCCUACACCUCCAGUCUGCUUCUGUUGUCUCGGCGGAUUGUUGGGCUGUGGGAGAGAAAGGAUAUCGCGAGUAUUGGAGUUUUGGUGAGAGUUUGUGGAAGAUGGCGCCUGUUGUGACAGGGAAGUUCGGGGAGCGCCCUCAGCCACAGCGCCUGACGAGAGAAGCGAUGAGGAAUUACCUGAAAGAGAGAGGUGACCAGACCGUCAUGAUCCUACACGCAAAAGUUGCACAGAAAUCCUACGGCAAUGAAAAAAGGUUCUUCUGUCCUCCCCCCUGUGUUUACCUGAUGGGCAGUGGCUGGAAGAAAAAAAAGGAGCAGAUGGAGCGAGACGGCUGCUCCGAGCAGGAGUCGCAGCCUUGUGCCUUCAUCGGCAUCGGCAACAGCGACCAAGAGAUGCAGCAGCUCAACUUAGAGGGAAAGAAUUAUUGCACAGCCAAAACAUUGUACAUAUCGGACUCCGACAAGAGAAAGCACUUCAUGCUGUCUGUCAAAAUGUUCUACGGCAACAGCGCAGACAUCGGCGUCUUCCUCAGCAAGAGGAUCAAAGUCAUCUCCAAGCCAUCCAAAAAGAAGCAGUCCCUCAAAAAUGCAGACCUAUGCAUUGCGUCGGGGACCAAGGUGGCACUGUUCAACCGGCUGCGCUCCCAAACCGUCAGCACGCGCUAUUUGCAUGUGGAAGGCGGCAACUUUCACGCCAGCUCCCAGCAGUGGGGCGCGUUUUACAUCCACCUGUUGGAUGAUGAGGAGUCUGAAGGCGAAGAGUUCACUGUGAGAGACGGUUACAUCCACUACGGCCAAACUGUCAAGCUGGUGUGCUCCGUCACUGGCAUGGCCCUGCCCCGGCUGAUCAUCCGAAAGGUGGACAAACAAACAGCGCUGCUGGACGCCGACGACCCCGUCUCCCAGCUCCACAAGUGUGCCUUCUACCUGAAGGACACAGAACGCAUGUACCUGUGCCUUUCCCAAGAAAGGAUCAUCCAGUUUCAAGCCACUCCAUGCCCAAAGGAACCAAACAAGGAGAUGAUCAAUGACGGCGCCUCCUGGACAAUCAUCAGCACAGACAAGGCCGAAUACACAUUCUACGAGGGCAUGGGCCCUGUCCACUCGCCUGUCACCCCCGUGCCUGUGGUAGAGAGCUUACAGCUGAACGGUGGCGGGGACGUCGCCAUGUUGGAGCUGACGGGACAGAACUUCACUCCCAAUCUGCGGGUGUGGUUCGGUGAUGUGGAGGCUGAGACCAUGUACAGGUGUGCGGAAAGCAUGCUGUGCGUGGUGCCCGACAUCUCUGCCUUUCGCGAAGGCUGGCGCUGGGUGCGGCAGCCCGUCCAGGUGCCAGUCACGCUGGUGAGGAACGAUGGCAUCAUCUACUCCACCACACUGACCUUCACCUACACGCCGGAGCCCGGGCCGCGGCCACACUGCAGCGCCGCCGGCGCCAUUCUGCGGUCCGGGAACUCCAGCCUGCUGAGCAACAACAGCCAGGAGCCGGGCCCCGGAGUCUACGGACCCAACAGCACCUCCAACGCCGGAGUCACAUCCUCAUCCUCCACCGCUGCAGCUGUGGUCUCCUAACGCACACAGGGGGCCACUCAAUACAAUAUGCCUUGAGAGCAAAUAUACCAGAAGGUAUAUAAAGACAAUGGGAAAUGAUAAACAAGACCUGACUCACUCUGAAGUGCUGCGUAUUAAUUUUGGAUACAAAGAAGCUGAAACUGAAAAAAUGAAAAUCUGAUGGGGGGGAAAAAAGGAGCGAACGCAGGGGGAAUCUGAAGGAGUCGCUUCACAAGCGAAAGCGCUCCUCCACCCCCCCACCCCACCCCCCCAACCCUCCUGUGCUUACUGGACCUGCCGAUCCAGUUCUGGUGUUCGGGAUGAAUGAACUUCCUGCAGGCUCAGAGCACCAGCCAUGAAAACGGAAACCACAACAACAGUACAUCCGUGUACAAAAAGUAAUUUGUACAAAAAAAAUCUAUUUUUGCGCUGGCCCUCUCCACUUUAACCCCGCCACCACUUGUUUUAUAAUUAUUCUUUUUGUUUUUAUGUUGUUUUGCAUUAAUUUGUGUUUUCCUAAAGGGGGGGAUGGAUGUAUUGUUGUUGGAGGAAGUGCGUGGAAGCCGAGGGACACGCAUAAAACGUGACGAUAACAUAGUUUUUAUGGACCAAGGAUCUUGUAUAAGCUUUAGUAAAGGUACAUUUUUCUCCAUACCUUUUUGUAUUAAACAUAUAGUCCACUUUUGUUACCAAAUAGUUUCUAUUCUUCCUCUGAGCUUGGGCUUUGUUUCCCCCCUUUGAGGUCCAAAAUCCAGCCUGUAUGUUAUUGCAACCUUACUGCAAACUCCUGGUUUUCAGCCUUUUGUUGUGAUACUGUUGGGGAAAAAUCUGAAGUCUGGGUUUUUUAUUUACACGAGAGAAGGUUGCUUUUUUAUUACUAUUAAUUGGGGAAUAACCUCAGAGGGUCUAUUUUUUAUCAUUGGUUUUUAUGAAGUCUUUAAAAGGAAAAGCUUUAAGCAAUGCCUCUGCCUUGCCUGCAAUACUCUAUGUGCGCUAUGUCUCCUUUGGAAAGUAUACACAUCAGUACAUCUCAUACGGAGCCAUAGCAACAAUUGCAGAAUACAUCAAAAACUCGACUUCCAUGGUUACGAAAAAGAGUCGUUUGUCAUCUUCAAACUAAUGUGAUACACAUAUUCAUGGACUUAAACAGCCUUAGAACUGUAUGUUCUAUCUAUGACGUGUACCUGUCGCUCUAUCGGUCACUGCUAACGUAUCAGAUAACGUAGUGAAGCUCGUCUCAAACUGCACCUAGCUAGGUGUCUUCCAGUGUGUGUGUGUGUGUGUGUGUGUGUGUGUGUGUGUGUGUGUGUGUGUGUGUGUGUGUGUGUGUGUGUGUGUGUGUGUGUGUGUGUGUGUGUGUGUGUGUGUGUGUGUGUGUGUGUGUGUGUGUGCGUGUGUGUGUCUGCGCCUGCAUCGCUCUGGUGGCAUUUAACUCCAGUGAAACAUGGACACUUUUCAAUUUAAUGUGGCCUUACUGAUAACUUAAAUUAUGAGGGAAACAAACCAGUUCUCCAUUCUCUUAUCUGCUGUUUACUCACCUGUGCAUAGCACAGAAACAAGCGGACGCCCGGCUCCAAGGUGGAGCCGCUCUGCCUUGUCAUGCAGAGCAGAGCAGCCUUGUGAAGGAUCUGUCAGCCUUCAGUACAAUAAUCCCCUGUUGUUCCUUAUUAUUGUCAUUGGGUGCCUGGCACCUUUUCGCUUUUUGGUACAAUGCCUCACAAGCGCUGUAAACUCAUUUCAUCUCUCACACAAAAGCAAACUAAUUACCUGUGGUCCCUUCUGUUUUCAGAAACGAGUAUGUGCACAUUGUAAACUCACUGUUCAAGUAUUCAAGUAGUUGCACUCGUCUGUGUUCAUGGCAACCGCGUAAAGGCCUUCUACAUACGUGUUAUUGAAGAUGUGCAUUUCCAAACAUAACAGCAAUAUUGUACAGGUCAUUGUUGUUAGCCUGAGCACUAGUUCACCAGCCAGCAAGUAACUGUGUGUGCGUGUGUGUGUGUGUGUGUGCGUGCGUGCGUGAAAUGUUGUCGUCGCCAUUGGGAUAAAUGAGUUGGAGUCUCUCCGUUUCAAAUCUGCUCUCAAAAACUAAAACAACUUCAAAUCAAUGGGGUUUUUUGUCUUCCACCUGAAUCCAAAAUGUCUGAUGAUUGUGGGUGAACAUUCAAACGCAAUACGCUUCCUAGAAAAGAGAACAACUGCUACUUUACCUUGAAUGUCUGCUUUAUAAAGCAUUUUGAAAUUUUCUUACCAACCAAACACCGGAACAGGAACAAACAAGGAUUUGACCACAGCCCAUUAACUUAUGCUCCUGUCUUGCCACCGUGCCCACCUGUCCGUCAUUAAUGUUAAAUGUUUUAUAUUGUAAUAUUGAUAUUUUUUAAAUUAUUGGCACAAAGUCUCCCCUUGUCUUAUGUCAAAAAGAAAGAAAAGUGCAUUAUGUCCCGUGCUGCCUAGGUCGGCCUGGGAGUGUUUUGUUUGUUCUUAGUUUUUCUAGAGGCCACUUUCUGUCUGGAGUCGUUGAUUAGUCGGUGCUGCAGCAGUUAGUGUAGCAUCCAAAGCGAGUAUCUGCGCUUCUUCACACUUAAACGCCCAUCUGAACCCUUUACUGCGCAGGAUGGAGGUCACAGCAUCUUAACUGUAGAUUUUGAACUCGAGUGUUUUUCUAUGUGUACUAGCUCUAAAUUCAGUGAUUUGUUCUUUUUGUUUUUUUUGAACAUAGCCUCUGCAUUAGCAUCACACCCCCUUCCCCUCCGCCCUCCUCCCACCCCUCCCGCCUUGAGCUUGGAUAUUUUUGGGUUUGUGUUUACAUGUUGAGUUGCCUCUCUUUAGGCGAAACACCCCUGGCCCCCGCUUCAUCUCCUCAGAGCAGCUUUGUCACAUUUACUCAAACUAAUAAAGGGGGUGAUGCAUGUUUGUGAAAAAACUAAAAAAUUAAUGUGUCGCCUUGACAAUCCGAGCUGGGUUACACUUUAUUUUUCCCUUUGAGGAGACUGGACGGAUGCGGGGUAACCCGGUAACGCUCGCAGAGGGGAUGAAGGGUCAAAAGGGGUGAAAAGAAAAUGUUACAUGCCUUCUUACGCUCUUAACCCGGCGACAACGCUGUCAGAGAGGAAAAAAACAACAGAGCAGUCUCAUUAGCAUCUGCAACGGUUUUACAAGAUAUCGUAACCGCUUGGUCUCUCUCCUGUCUGGUUGCAUUCGUUUUACUCUUCCAAAAGCAGCUGUUCUUGUGUUUGUUUUUAUAUACGGAGCUCUGAACAAUGUAUGUAUCCUCUAAUAUGCCAAAUGUCUUUUAUAAUGUAGGUUUCAAGCACUGCUAAACGAAACAGGGCAGAGUGAGAGGCAGCUUUAAACAGAUCUAUAACGGAGUGUGGAGCCCUUCCUCUGUCGCACUCAGCCUUACUUCUACAGACUCUUUGGCUGUUUGCACUACAGAGUGCUAACCUUUGUUUUUCUCUCACACAUUUCAUCCUCACUCAUGUUUAUAUAUGUACAUUUGGAGUCUUCUCACCUCUCCCCUCUUGUUUUGUUUUAACAACCUUACGCUUAGCUUUGCUACAAUCCGAUCACCCUUCUCUCUCUCGCUCUCUCUUUCUCUCUCUCUCUCUCUCUCUCUCCCAACUCCUCCUCUUGUCCGUGUCCUUUCCUAUCUUUCACUCUCUGUAUCUGUGUUUUAUUCUAGUCAGUGGUAAGCAGAGGUGUCAUUGUGGUAGUAAACUCAGUGCUCAAAGGGUUGCUGAUGGUAGAAACCUGUGCCGUUUGUAACAUUUAGCAAUAACGUCAAAACAAAGGGGACGGUUUUUUGAUAACAUGCGUUAGUUUGUUUUUGUACAUAUUGCAGCUCCAGAUCAUGCUCAAAAUCUGUAUGUCGUUUAAAAGAAGGAAAAAAACAGAAAAAAAACUUGCAAUAUUGGCAUAAAAAUGACAAAUAAAAAAGUGAUAUAAAAUCUU